UCAAAUCCCAAACUUCCUCAAGGUUCCCAAAAAAAGUAGCAUAGUACAUUAGCACUAACCCUGGCUUUGGCAACAAAAAGGAGGCGCCAUUCCUAUUUUCCCACCUCAAUCUCAAUUCUGACCUUUCACCUUUCGGCGUCUUUCUAAAGAAUGGCAGCCGUAAGUCGCCUCGCUCAACCCUCUAGGCUCUCGACUAUCCCCUCUUAUUUCAAGGCCCUAACUUCCGCCUCCGCAUCCGCCUCCGCCUCCGCCUCCGCCUCCGCCUCUUCUAGCUCAGAUCUACGCUCCAGAGGCGUGCAGUGGGUGUUCUUGGGCUGCCCUGGCGUCGGAAAAGGCACUUAUGCUAGCCGCCUCUCUAAUCUCCUCGGUGUCCCUCACAUCGCCACUGGUGACCUCCUCCGCCAUGAACUCUCUGCCAAAACCGCCCUCUCUAAUCAGCUUGCUGAGAUUGUCAACCAAGGGAAAUUAGUAUCUGAUGAAAUCAUAAUUACCUUGCUAUCAAAGAGGCUUGAAACUGGAGAAGCAAGAGGUGAAUCGGGUUUCAUUCUUGAUGGUUUUCCGCGAACAAUAAGACAAGCUGAAAUAUUGGAAGGGGUAACAGAUAUAGAUUUGGUGGUCAAUCUGAAACUACCUGAGCAAGCUUUGAUUGAGAAAUGCCUUGGUAGAAGGAUUUGUGGCCAGUGUGGCAAAAAUUUCAAUGUUGCAUCCAUUAAUAUAAAGGGUGAGGAUGGGAAGCCUGGAAUAAGUAUGGCCCCACUUAUGCCCCCUCCACAUUGUGCUUCCAAGUUGAUCACCCGAGCUGAUGAUACUGAAGCAGUAGUGAAAGAACGGCUUUCUGUGUACAAUGAGAAGAGCCAGCCACUUGAAGAGUUCUAUCGCAGUCGUGGCAAAUUAUUGGAAUUUGACCUCCCAGGAGGCAUCCCAGAAUCCUGGCCUAAGCUGCUGGAAGCCCUUAAUCUUGAAGAGCACGAAGAGAAGCUCUCUGCUGCCGCAUAAUUUUUUCCUUAACCUAAAGGCUAGUUUGUUAUUUUUUGCAUGUUCUUGAAGCAUGCCAAACAAUUUUGUUAGUGUUAUGAGGAACAAUAAUCAAUUCAAAUGUGCAAUGCGAUCAUGGCGGAUGCCUGGCGAAGUCUUGUACUAUAAAGGUUAAAGAGUUAGACAAAGCAUAGUUACAUUACAUAGGUUAUCAUUGUUUCCCCUCAGGCCUCAUGUCAGCUAUUGCGGGGUUGUUUAUUUGAGUGUCAUACGUUUUACGUGUAAUGUUAUAAUAAUGUUGCUUAGUUGGGACUGAGUAAGUGAAGCUGUCACUGCAGUUUUGUAUGAUGCAUGACAAGGUCUUGAACUAUAAAGCGUAUGAUUGUGCACUCCUUAAACUUUGUUUGAACAGAUAAGCUCAAGUUUGGACUAUACUGAGAAGAUUUACACCAAUUUUGAUAUUCUUUUGAGUUAAUUCAAAAUUAUUCCAGAAUAA